UGUAUACUUUAGGCUUCAUUGGGAAGAGAACUCGUUAUUGUGACGUACAUGUAUUCUCUAUUAAUGAGUGCAGACAUUGUGUUUAUUUCAGCAUCGUAGAGCUACAUAAUAUACACUAAGUUUACAGCAAACUUUUCAUAAAAGUGGAUCUCGUUGAAAUCAUUUAAACGGGAUUCUGUGCAGGCUUAAUUGCUAUCUCUAAUUUGUACUCGAUUCGCACAUCACAUCCAUGGCCGAGAAACAGGAAGAAGAGGACGUUCCGAUCUCUUCACAAGGCCUGACAUGUCCACUGUGUCUUGGUAUCUUCGACGAUGCAACCCUCUUGACCUGCGGACAUACCUUCUGUCGAACCUGUCUCAGGAAAUACGACCUAUCCCACCAGGAUCUUGAUCACAUGGUCUGCCCUCUCUGCAGGACAGUGACAAAGUUGUCCGCAAACCGGGUCGACGAUCUCUUUCCCAAUGUGACGGUCAACGGACUCGUAGACGACUACCAUGCCAGUUCUGGAGGGGCAAAUGCCAUCCUGAAGAUGCGGCAAAAGUGCACUGUCUGCAAGAUCCAGGUAGAGCCGAUCGCUUUUUGCAUUACAUGCAAUGUAUCCAUGUGUGACCAAUGCCACGUUGGCCACAAACGAUUGAAGCUGUUCUUCGAAGGUCAUGAGAUCGUAUCUUUCCAGGACAUAAUUGAGGGAAAAGUUAAACCUGGUCGCCCUUCCGAGAAAUGUUCCGCCCACAGACGAGAGAACAAAGAUAUGUUCUGUCAGGAUUGUAAGAUGCGCGUCUGUUUCAAGUGCGUCGUCAUCGAUCAUCGAGAUCACAAGAUACAAUCACAUCAAGACUUUGAAAAGGAAAUGCAGGAUAAGGUGAGUGAUCUUCUCCAUCGUUGUAAAGCAAAGAAGUCAGACCUGGAGAAGAACAUUCAGAAUGUGGAGACACAUCGUGAUGAAGCACAUACUGCGUUUCAGCUACUACGUCAAAAUGUGGGCCUAGCCUGUCGUACCAAGGUCAAGCGACUAGAAGACAACCAACGUGUACUCAUUGAGAAGAUCGAUGCUCUGGAACGUAGUUUUAAUGAAGCCCUCAACGGUCUAAAGUCGAACGACCGGCAGAUGAUCAAGAGUAUUUGUAGUUCGGUAGAUCUGGUGGAUAAUGACAGACUGGGAUGUCUCGAGACGGACAGUCUGUCUGCUCACACAUUCCUGUGCGAAGAGAUCGAUGGGUUGCUAAAGGAGGUUAUUGAUCAAACCUCUGCAGCAACCAUAAAGGAGAAGGCAAACAAGCAGAAGUUCAAGCCUGCAGAUGACACCAGUCUUGACCUCGGGAAUAUCUCAGAAACAGUUCUAGGACAAUUACCUCCUGGACAAUCACCCUCCUGCCAAUUACCAACGGCACGUUUUUUAAACCGCACCCGUCCCUAGGAGAAUUACUCGCCUCCCCGAGGACAGGUACCCUCCCACUAACUCUACCUCCCGGUUGGGAAGCCUUUUCAAACAUCCCCCCUCAGCUCCCCUUCCAGCCUGAUCAACAAAAUGUCAUGAAUAUGGACCAUAACCCGCCUCCCCUCCCGCUAGGGUAGCCCCUUGGGACAUCCCACCACAGCUUCCCUUCCAGCCUGAUCAACAAAAUGUCAUGAAUAUGGACCAUAACCCGCCUCCCCCUCCCACUAGGGUAGCCCCUUGGGACAUCCCCCCUCAGCUCCCCUUCCAGCCUGAUCAACAAAAUGCCAUGAAUAUGGACAAUUUCUCGCUUCCCCAUCCCGGUUGGUAACCCCUUGGAACAUUCCCCCUCAGCUCCCCUUCCAGCCUAAUCAACAAAAUGUCAUGAAUAUGGACAAUUACGCCACCUCCCCAUCCUAGUAGCUUACCCCCGAGGACAAGUACCCUCCCCCACCUCCCCCUCCUUGAAGGUUACCCCGAGGGCAAGUAUCCUCCCCACCUCCCUCUCCUAGUAGCUUACCCCCAAGGACAAGU